UUAUAAUUAUUUUUUUUUUGUUUUACAAUGUAUUCUUUAAGAUUUUACAAGUAUAGUUUUUUAUUAUUUUAUGCGAUUUUAGGUAUAAAGGCAGAUAUCGAUUUAAAAAAGACAAUACAUCGGUUAGACGAGUUAUUAAAGUAUUCGGGUUGGAAAAAAUUAAAUGAUUUGUACCAUAUAAUCUAUUUUAAAAAACAAAGUUAUCUUAAAGAUCUGAUUGAAACACCUACAUCUAGUAAUCAAUAUGAUGCAAAAAUACGAGCUUUAACUAUAUAUCUUGGAUGCACAUACGCAAAAGUUACGAAUAAUGUUCUUUCAGUUAUAAGCAACUUUAUAGAAAAUUACUCACAAUUUAAAGAAGAUAAUGACUUAAUAAAUGUAUACAUUUUCACAGAAAGACUCUUAAACAUAAUAACUACAUUUAUUGUUCCAAUGGCAACAUUGAUGAAAGGAGCUAUGGAUGCUUUGGAUUUACUACAUCAUAGACCGUGGAUUUCUAAUGCACGUACUCGCUAUAUGAUAAGUCCUUCAUUGGGGUAUAUAGGAAAUAUUCUUGAUGAAUUAAACAGAGUAGUUCUAUCACGUGUUGAUAUAUCUACAUGCGACAGGACAUUAAACAGUAUAGUUCUUAUUUUUAAAAGAAUAAUAAAUUAUGUAGAAAAUGAAACUGUAGACUAUUGUAAUUUUAUACCAUAUAAUAGGAAUUAUUUAUGGCAUGAAUGGGUUCAGGAAUAUAAAACCAUUAUUUUUCAGGGCAAACAAUUAUUUUUUUUGAAAUUUUUUAACAGAAAAAUUAAGGAUUAUAUUAAAAUAGUAAUUAUAGAAAAGUAUUUUCAACUAGGAUUUAAAUUUGAUCCAAUCACCGAAGAAACUUUUAUAACAGCACCGAACGAGCUAAUUGAAUUAGAAUUGGAAUUUAAAGUAACAGAUCAAGAGUCACCAACACUAAUACAAAUAGAUACCUUUUACAUUUAGUAAUAAAAUAAAUAUUAUCUUACAUUAAUAUGUUACAAAUAACUAUGAUAUACAUAAUUAUUUUUAUAUCUUUAAAUAAUUAUUAAAACAUUAUAAUAUGAUUCUAUUAAUAAAUGUUAAUAUAUUUGCCAAAUGGUUUAACAUAUAUGUUUAUCUUAUUAUUUAUAAGUGUAGAAUAGAAUAAAUACGUGUCUUUUGAUAUUUCAUUUAAUUA